CAUCAUUUCCCGUCAGCGGUCGAACUGGAAUGGGCUCCAUACUGUUGUGGUUUCAAUAGCGUUUAUGUAUGUGUCAAGAGCUGAAAUGUUGAAAUUAAAUUAAUACUUGGGCGUCAUUCUGUGGUGUUAGGUGAUAGUUUUCGCUCGUUUGCAAACGGUGGGACUAUUAUGUCGGGUGCGGCCGGUGGAGGCUCCUCUAGUCUGGGCGCAGCAGCUGGAGCUAGUUGCAGCUCCGCCGGCCCUCCCUACACUGCGGCAUCCGGGGGUGGAGCAGGGGUGGCCGGUAGACUACCUGCUCGGGUCCUGGAGCUUAUUUUCUCCUAUUUGGAGCUCGCUGAUUUGACUCGAUGCGCGUUGGUGUGCUGGCACUGGAACACCAUUUUGGCGGAUGAAAACAGCGAGGUGUGGCGCAGCCUGGCUGCUCGAACACUAAGUGAAGAAGCCCUGCGGUCUGACAUCCUGUGCAACCUCCCUUCCUACAAAGGCAAGCUCAAAUCAUUGCAACACGCUCUGAGCUCCCAUGACUGCUCCCGCAACGUGUACGUGAAGAAGAACGGAUUCACCCUUCACCGUAACCCCAUCGCCCAGAGCACAGAUGGAGCACGAGGCAAGAUUGGCUUUUCGGAAGGGCGUCACGCCUGGGAAAUCUGGUGGGAAGGCCCUCUGGGGACGGUGGCGGUGAUCGGCAUUGCGACCAAGCGGGCAUCGAUGCAGUGCCAAGGCUACGUGGCUCUUCUGGGCAGUGAUGACCAGAGCUGGGGCUGGAACCUGGUCGACAACAACUUGCUCCACAACGGGGAGGUGAACGGUAACUUUCCACAGUGUAACAAUGCACCCAAAUAUCAGAUUGGCGAGAGAAUACGAGUGAUUCUCGACAUGGAUGACAAGACAUUAGCUUUCGAGAGGGGGUUUGAGUUUCUGGGAGUUGCGUUUCGAGGACUGCCCAAAGCCUGCCUGUUCCCUGCUGUCUCCGCAGUGUACGGCAACACGGAGGUCACAAUGGUGUACUUGGGGAAGCCGCUGGAUGGCUAGGAGCUGUAUGGACGGUCCUCUCCAAAAGUGUUGGAACGACAAACACAAAGGAAUUGACACGGCUGUUCCAAUACUUUUGGAGGGGACUGUCACUGAAGGUUGUGAUGGCCAAACCGUUCUGUUCCACCGAAGCAGCUCUUCACAUUCAUACCGGGGACUGCGGACAUUUUGACAAGAUUUGAACAGCUCAUGACUCCUGCGUCAGAAUUUUGACUGUGAAAAGGACUCUGUGUUUAUUCAUGUGUCAGCGUGGAAGCCAACACCUUUACAGUUUCGAUUCCAGACUGCUUUUUACACGCAGAACAUCAAAAUAUUGAACAUCAUCCCCCGAUUCGGUGCUGAACACGUACCACAGGUUUGACUUGUAUUUGAAGGUCCAGAUGAACUAUUCUAGGCUGUGGCAAACACUAUAUGACUCAAUUUAAAAAUACUGAAGCUCUAUGACUUUGGGAAAACAUGUGGAAUAAUCUAUUACGUCCCGUGUUAAUUCGGAUUUGUAUUUAUGCCACAUCAGCGUGACCUGACUUAGUAGUUGCCAUGCAUGAGAAGUGCCGUACGUACCGUUACAAUCCGUUAUUUUUAAGUCCACGCAUCCAGUAUGGGCAGAACCUUUAUGUCACAUCAGCAUGUCGUUUUUAAUGUGCUACUGUUGUAUUACGCUCUACUAUUUAUUUCCCUCUUUUAUCUAUGGUACUAUUAGCUUCUGUACAGCUUAAAAGUUGGAGAAUAAAGUCAUUACAUGGGGCCACUCGAAA